GUUUGUUCCUCCCUGUCGCUGUGAGCAGGAGAGGGAGGGUCAACAUGGCGUCUGAGCAGGAGAGCUCCAAUGGGCCAAUAAAGAAGUCGAUGCGAGAGAAAGCCAUAGAAAGGCGUAAUGUCAACAAGGAACACAACAGCAACUUCAAAGCAGGCUAUAUACCCAUAGAAGAAGAACGCCUUCAUAAAACAGGACUGAGAGGACGCAAGGGGAAUAUGGCUGUUUGUAUCAUCGUCUUACUCUUCCUACUCGCCCUCAUUAACCUCAUUAUCACACUGGUGAUAUGGACCGUGAUCCGUAUUGGUCCAAAUGGUUGUGACAGUAUGGAGUUUCAUGAGUCCGGCCUGCUGCGCUUCAAACAGAAAGCAGACAUGGGCAUCAUUCACCCGCUGCACAAGAGCACAGUCGGAGGCCGGAAGGACCAGGAUUUGGUUAUUGUUGGCAACAAUAACCCGGUUGUGUUUCAACAAAGCACUACGAAGCUGAGUGUAGAGAAGGACAAGACCUCAAUUGUCAGUGAUGUUGGCAUAUCCUUCACUGACCCUCGCACACAGACUACAUUCUUCAGCACAGACUUUGAAAACCAUGAGUUCCAUUUGCCCAAAGGAGUCAAAGUUCUCAGUGUUAAAAAGGCCUCCACAGAAAGGAUCACCAGUAGUGCAUCAUCUGACUUGAACAUCAAAGGGGACAGCAAGGCAAUCAUUCGUGGUAACGAGGGGGUAAACAUCAUGGGGCGGACUGUGGAGUUUAAAAUGGGCGGAGGCAUCGAGCUCAGAGCUGAGAACAGCAUCGUCCUCAAUGGUUCCGUCAUGUUCAAUGCUACACGCAUCCCUAAUUCUGCUGGUGAUGUUUAUUUCGAUGAGGGGCUGGAGAGGUACAAACUCUGCAUGUGUGCAGAUGGGACCUUGUUUCGUGUUCAGGUGAAGUAUCCCAACAUGGGCUGCCAGACGUCAGACAACCCUUGCCGAAAAGCUCGUUAGAAAACUACAGUG